AUGGCCACCAUCGGCUCUGUCACUCGGCAAAUAGCUGCCCUCGAGAUCUCAUCGAAAGGCAAUACGCCACAACAACAACCCCAAGGGCAGAAACCAGCCACAUCGACACGACCCGGACAUGUCAAGCAACCCAGUCAGACGAACGUGGCCAAGCUCCUCAACAAGUUCGCCGCUCCUGCCCAGAACUCAAACUCAUCUCUCCAGAAGACCCAGUCCACCACUUCUCUGAAGCCUACUCUCAAGCCCGUGGGGUCGACUUCCUCGUUGAAGACGGCCACUGGCAGCGGCGCUACUACCACCGCUGCUAGUGGAAUGUCUAAGUCAGGGAUCAAGAAGCCGACAGCGACGUCGGGGGUGAAGAAAGCUGCAACCGUGGCUGAAGUUGCGGUGCCCACGCCUUCGCCACCCAAGACUCCGGCUCCGGGGGAGCUGGAUAUCGGACGAUACGAUGGAGGAUUUGAGAAGGAGAAUGAGACUCGGGGAGAGGCGGUUCAUGGGGAGGCAGCACAACAACUUGCUCUUGACUCGAGUAGUGCUCGUCCUGACCUGUCUCUUCUCUAG